AUGCCUCUUCCUCAACCAAAGACGGCGUUGAACAACGUCUGUUCAGUCGUCUUCAACAACACGCUAUACACAUACUCGGCCGAUGCAUUCCAGUCGUUGCGGUUAGAGCCGGGGGCCGAGUGGGAGGAAUUACCGCAGGGCGAAAAGGUUACAGGCGCUGUUUGCGUGGGUUCAACAACAGGUACUCCCGAGACGUCGGCCCUCUUCAUUGUCGGCGGGACAGGAGGCCCUGCCGGUUAUCAAGGCCUGCAAAAAUACACAUAUGCGACGGGACAGUGGGAAACGAUACCAUUGUCUCAGCCUGUGACGCAGCAGAGACUGGGACACAGCGCCGUUUAUCUCAACAGCACAAAUUCGAUUCUUAUUUAUGCCGGCAACCAGGAUGGUUCGAAUUCGCCGUCAUCCCAGACGUUCACGAUUGGUGCGUCGGCGCCAUACGAAAUUCGCUCCUGGGAUACUUCCCCUCUGCCAUUAACGAAGCCGCUUCUGCUGCCCUGGUCUACUAGCGAGGCGGUCCUGAUCGGGGGAAGCGCCGAAAACAAGCAGGUUUUUCUUUUUAGCGUAGAAAAGAAGUGGGUGGACUCUGGGACGUCCCUCGUAGCGCCGCUGCCGAAGGAUGCAUCGGCAAUUCAGGGCGUGCUGAUGACGGGCGACGAUGGGUCAAAGACUCUCUUUACUUUUGAUCCGACAGAGUCGCCCAACAAGGUUCAGCGAACAGUUUUGUACAGCGGCCCGGGGGUGCCAGUCCCGAAUGCAGCGCCAGUGCGCAGGCGGAUGGUGAGGAGAAGGGAGGUUGGGUCUGGGGCCAUGGAGAAGAGGCAGUCUGAGCCCUUGACGCUUAACAACUGGCCGGCCUACAACUCUACCCUAGCCCCAACGACGGCCAGGAGUAACUAUGCUCUCGCCCAGGCCCCCGACGGUACGGUUGUCAUUGCAGGCGGGAACGAUGAGGAUGUGCUAUGCAUGUUCAAUCCCAAACAAAACAGCUGGGAGGAUGCAGAGUCGAUGCUGGGACAAGCUAGAAUCCUCUCAGUGGACACCUCAUCGACAUCCUCGGCAGUCUCGACAACGACGACGGCAUCAUCAACCUCAUCAUCAAUAUCAAGUGCCACAUUCACAUCUGCAUCCGUUAGCGCUAGUAACGCGGUAGCAGUCACCGAAACACCAUCACCAACCGCCGCCCCAGCAAUCUCGGGCAAUUCUGGACCGGACGUCAACACGAUUCUAGGUGCCGUCCUGGGCGGCUUCUUUGGGCUGGCCAUCCUCCUUGCUAUUGUCUACCUUUGCAUCCAGAGACGGCGGAAGCGACAGGCUCACAUGGAGGCUGGCCACAUAAGGAGGGCCAGCGGCGUAUCCUCGAGUGAGAAGGACGGAAUUGGCUUUGCCAAAGACAGUCUUACUCUUCCCCAGGGGCCUCCUGGCGUGUUCCGCGGGCACCAGCCUCAGGGCUCGCAAAGCUCCUUUUCGUCAAUGGCGAUUUUGAUGGGUCGCGCAGGCCGGGAGAAGUCGGUGCCACCCGCUCUCAGCCGCAAGGGGAGCAACGAAAGCAGGCGCGACUCAUCCGACAGCAUCCUUAAGGCCUUCAAGAGCAGCAUCAGCAAGCCGAUUCCCCAAGUCAGUCAGCCGCCGACUCAAGAUGAGAAAGCCGUCGCCUUCGGACGUACCACGGCGGAGCCAAGACCACGAAAUGUAACGGCGGGCGACAAUGUUCCGGACAGCACGCGUCGCAGCUCCGGAUGGAACAGGUACUGGUCUGGCGGCUCAGCAUUGAAUCUCUUGGGAUUCGGGAGCGGGAAUCGAAACAGUAAUGGCAACGGCAACGGCACCAACAGCGUGACGAACAAUUCUCGGCCAACGACGCUGCUAGGCUCGGACGCGAGUUCGCACUACAGCAACCCGCACCGCAUCACGCAGGACAGCGCAACUGUCCCGCCCUUGCAGUCCUUUGAGCCUCGGCUGUCCCUUAGCCGCGUCACUUCGUACAGCCCGACCAUCGCCGUGUACAACGAGAAGCUGAAGGAGGGGAUGCGGGGCCAAAUCGAAACGCAGCGCCCGAUAAGUGCGGUAAGCGAAGGCUCCGCGUCGGCAUAUUCCAGCGGUAUCCCCGAGUCAGUCCACGACGCAUGGGACCCCACGGCAGCAAACCAGCCCUGGGGCGCAGACCGGGCUCUCAAUGGCUACACAAGUAUCUACUCAACCCAUCUCACACCUGCCUCGCAAAACCCGAGUCGCUCGUUGAACCCGCCGCCCCGGCCGCCAGGGGAACCUCAACCGCCGGUCCGCGACGACAUGAGCUGGCUCAACCUGGGGGGUGGCUCAUGA